AACACCGGAGUUUGUCCAGCAGCCAGUUGAAACACCUGACCUCCCAGCUCGAUUUACAACGCCUUUGGAAGACUUACCUGCAGCCUAUGCUGGUGGAAAGGUAUUCAGGCAGCCCUGGUAACGUCAGGACCCGGCAGUUCAUCGUGGAACGGCUGAAAGCUCUGGAGGCUUCUUGGCAGGUGGAACUGGAUCCUUUCGAGGACCGGACCCCACACGGCACGGUCAGCUUUGCCAACGUGGUGGCCACGCUUGACCCCUCGGCCACCUGGCGCCUGGUCUUCGCCUGCCACUACGACUCCAAAUAUUUCCCCCGUGACAAGCACGGACUGGCCUUCGUGGGGGCCACCGAUUCGGCCGUGCCCUGCGCCAUCCUGCUGGAGCUGGUGACCGCGCUGGACGGCCGGCUUCUGAAGGCCAAAGAGCAGGCUUCGAAAAUAACCCUGCAGCUGCUCUUUUUUGACGGGGAAGAGGCCUUCCGCGAAUGGAGUGAGACAGAUUCCCUCUAUGGGGCCCGCCACCUAGCUGAGCACAUGGGCCGGACCCCCCAUCACCAGGGCAUCACUCAGCUCCAGGCGAUAUCUCUCUUCGUUCUGCUGGAUCUGCUGGGCGCCCCUCGGCCCUCCUUUCAAAACCACUUCCUUGCAACCUCUGCUUGGUUCAAGAGGCUGAUGAGCAUCGAAAAACGGAUGCACCGUCUUGGGCUGCUCCAAUCCCAUUCCCAGGAACAGCUGUAUUUCCAGGGACACUCCCCCUACGGCUCUGUCGAAGAUGACCAUGCACCCUUCCUCAGGAAAGGCGUCCCAGUCCUCCAUCUCAUUGCCACCCCCUUCCCCAGGGUCUGGCACACCCUGGAGGACACCGAGGCCAACCUGGAUCGGCCCACCGUUGAGAACUUGAGUAAGAUCCUGGCUGCGUUCCUGGCAGAAUACCUGUGGCUCUAGGGCGGAUGCCGGACGUGGACGUGGCUGGGAUGAAAACAAAACAACGGAACUGGCUUUUGGGACAUGACUGCCGUGCUGUGGAAGAUGGGACAGGAGAUGCACGGAUUCUCCUUGGAACUCUGGAAGUUGGUCUACCACGAAGGCUCUUGAAACCAAGCAUGGCUUAAAAGUAGUCGGUGGAAAGGCCCACUGCUUGAUUCCCUGGAGUAGGCAAGGGGGGGGGGGCUAGGUCUCCUACCUCCCACCCUUUUUUCUUUCUUUGUUCUGAGAAAAGCAGAGCUUUUUUUAAAAAAAAAAAAUCAGGAUUUUUUUUUUUAAUCUCACAGGAAAUCUCUGUGUGGUGCGCAUUCCCUUCUUUCAAAACGGAAAGACUCCAAGCAACAUUCCUCUUUUCACAUGAUCUGCUGUGGUAUAACUUGUUUUUCCACUGUGGGACUUUAUUAACACAUUCCUGCCUUUUUUCCAGCUGCUUCCUGGGUUGAUCUAAGCCCAUUGGGGUUU